UGAAUUUAAAUGGAGGUCCAAAGUGGCCGUAGAGAUCACCAUACGACUCAGGCAAGACAACCGAGACAACAUGAGUUUGACUGAAAAAGACAAGGCCACAGUCAGGGCACUGUGGAGCAAAAUCUCCAAGUCUGCAGAUGCCAUCGGCACUGAGGGUCUUAACAGGAUGUUCUGGGUCUAUCCCCAGACCAAGACCUACUUCUCCCACUGGCCCGAUUUGAGCUACAACUCUGCCCCCGUGAAGACCCACGGAAAGAAGGUGAUGGGUGGAAUUGCUCUGGCCGUGUCCAAGAUAGACGACUUGACCAGCGGCUUACUGGACCUGAGCGAGCAGCACGCCUUCAAUAUUAAGGUGGAUCCGGCCAACUUCAGGAUCCUGUCCCACUGCAUUCUUGUGGUGAUGGCCAUGAUGUACCCGAAUGACUUCACCCCUGAGGUCCAUUGUUCCCUGGAUAAAUUCCUGACCUGCGUCUCUCUGGCUCUCUCUGAUAAAUACCGCUAAACUGCCAGAAGUGCAGGAUGCAGACUGCAACAAUUGAGCAUGUCAAUCGUUUUGAAAAUGAAAUAAAAAUCAAAUUGCAUGCCGCCUAAAAUUCA